AUGAGUAAAAUUGGUCCGUUGGGAAAUGAAGGAUACAGAGAUUGGCAUAAUAUGGGUCGAGGCCUUAAAAAUCAUGAGGCAAGUAAGGAGCAUAUAGAUUGCAUGACUAGUUGGAUUGAAUUAGAAACAAGACUGAGUAAAAAUAAGACAAUUGAUCAAAGUGUGCAGAUUGAAAUCAAUAAAGAAAGAGAACACUGGAGACAAGUGUUGAAGAGGAUAAUAGCUGUUGUGCAAAGAUUGGCAAAAAAUAACUUGGCAUUUCGAGGAGAUUGUGAGAAGCUGUAUGUAGAAAACAAUGGUCUUUUUUUGCAAAUGAUUGAAAUGAUUGCUGAGUUUGAUCAGAUUAUGAAGGAGCACAUUCGACGUAUUCAAGCACAUGAGACUCAUUAUACAUAUUUGGGUCCUAAAAUUCAAAAUGAAUUGAUACAAAUGUUGGCAACUGAGGUAAAAAGUUCAAUUCUUAUAAAAGUUAAGCAAGCAAAAUAUUUUUCGGUCAUAUUAGAUUGUACGCCAGAUGCUAGUCAUGAGGAGCAAAUGUCCCUUGUAAUACGAUGUGUGGAUUAUUCAACAAACUCUGUAAUGGUAGAAGAAUAUUGGGUAGAAUUUUUAAAGGUUGAUGAUACAUCAGGGCUUGGACUUUUUACUGAGCUUAAAAACAUGUUGACCAAUCUUGAGCUGGACAUUGAUGAUAUAAGAGGUCAGGGGUAUGACAAUGGGUCUAAUAUGAAAGGGAAGCAUAAAGGUGUACAGACAAGAUUACUUGAAAUAAAUCCGAGGGCUUUUUAUACUCCAUGUGGUUGUCAUAGUCUUAAUUUGACUUUAUGUGAUAUGGCAAAUUGUUGUCCUAAAGCUAUGUCAUUUUUUGGAGUGAUACAACGCAUCUAUACAUUGUUUUCUUCAUCUACCAAGCGAUGGAAAAUUUUCAAAGAUCAUGUGAAAGGUCUUACACUUAAGCCAUUGUCACAAACACGUUGGGAAAGUCAUGUUGAAAGUAUGAGGCCUAUAAAAGAGCAAACUGUACAAAUAAUAGAUGCUUUAUUUGAUUUGGUAGAUACUAGUGAAGAUCCUAAAACAAAGAGCGAAACUGAGUCCUUAGCAACACAUGAACUUCAGAAUUUUGAGUUCUUGCUUGGCAUGGUAAUUUGGUACAAGUUGUUGCAUGCAAUCAACACUGUAAGUAAAUUCCUUCAAGCUGAAAAUAUGGAUAUUGAUGUUGCUAUCAGUCUUUUAGAAGGACUUCUUUUGUUUCUUGAUGACUAUAGAGAAUCUGGGUUUGAUAAGGCCAUGGUUGAAGCGAAACAAAUAGCAAAUGAAAUAGGAGUUGAAGCUGUAUUUCGAGAAAAACGUAUGAUUCGAAGAAAGAAACAGUUUGAUGAGGAUGGCAGUGAUGAGAUAACACAAUCAGCAGAAGAUUCUUUUAGAGUAAAUUAUUUCCUCUUCAUAAUUGAUCGAGCUCGUUCUUCAUUUCAAACUAGAUUUGAACAAUUUAAAAAAUAUGAGGAAACAUUUCGAUUUCUGUUUAAUUUGGAGAGGUUGAAGUGUGCUGAUGAUGAUACUUUAUUGGGGUCUUAUAAGAAUCUUGAAAAAUCCUUGACGCAUAAUGGUCAUUCUGAUAUUGAUGGAGAUGAUUUGUUUUUGGAGUUGACAAUCUUGAAAUACUCUUUACCGAAAGAAACAAAAAAAGCAAUUGAUGUGGUGAACUAUUUGAAGAGAAUGGAUGAGUGUUUCCCAAAUGCUUGUGUAGCGUACAGAAUUUUGUUAACUAUACCAGUUAUAGUUGCAUCUGUAGAAAGAAGGCCCCCAAAUCUCAAGUACGGCACUGCUGCCGGCAUCAGAUGUAAGAGCAAGAGCUUCAUGGCCCUUAUGUGCACACCUCCGUGA